GCUAACUUGAUUCGUCAUGGGCGGCCUCUUCUCGAGCACCAAGUUCGACCCCAUUCGGGAUGUACCUGAUCUCAAGGGCAAAGUCAUUAUCGUGACAGGUGGAAACACUGGCAUUGGCUUCGCGACCAUCCAGCAUCUCGUGCGGCGCGGUGCGAAGGUUUACAUGGGAGCUAGAAAUGAAUCUAAAGCCACUGGCGCUAUCGCACGCCUCAAGGCUGAGGGAAUGGGUCCCGGUUUUGGAGAAGUUCACUGGCUGAACCUUGACUUAACCGAUCCUCGCAAUGCGAAGAAGGUCGCAGAGGAGUUCGCAGGAAGAGAGUCGCGACUUGACGUGCUUGUGAACAACGCUGCUUUGCUGAUGGUUCCUUAUGAGAAGACAAGAGAUGGGAUCCAACAAGUUAUGAUGGUCGACUAUCUUAGCCCGUUUGUAUUCACUGAAGCGCUGCUUCCGCUUCUCAAGAAGACAUCGCAGUUGCCAGACGCUGAUGUGCGCAUUGUGACUCUGUCUUCUGACGCCCUCCUUUUGAUGCCCAAUGACAUACAUUUCCGAGAUAUUAACGACUUCAAUCGAGAUUUCAAGGAGGCAUGGUACCCUUCCAUGAAUCGUUACGGUCUAGCAAAAUUCGCCAACUGCAUAUGGAUGAAGCAUUUGCAAAAGCGUCUAGAUGCCGAUAGUUCAUCCAUCAUAGCCAUGGCAGUCCAUCCAGGUGGUGUGAACACCGAAUACGGCAUAGAAUACUUAUCGCAGUAUCAUCUGGCAUGGCUAUUCAGGUACAUCUUUGUCACCCCUCCAGUCGGUGCAUUGAAUUCCGUGUUCGCGGCGACAUCACCCGCUGUUCGCGCCAAUGCGGAGAAAUUCAAGGGAGCGUACUUACAUCCGGUUGGUGAAGUGAACGCGGCUAACAGACCUGCCCGUGACCUGGAAUUGCAGGAGGAGCUUUACUCGACUACACUAUACCCUGUUGAUUAUGCUCGAGUUUUCUUCUGCUAUCUCACAAUCCAGCCGGCGGUAUGGGAGGGCAAGGUGCCGUGUCAUUCAACGCACCAUUCACUCCGGUGGCUGAGUCCCACCGACUUCAAGAUGGAUGUAGUCAAAGCAGUGGAAACUUAUGUCACAAAGAUGGUCUCAGUGCCUUCGGCUAUGAAGGUUCUACUCUUGGACUCUCAUACUCGCUCGCCGAAGACACCCAUCGUGUCCUUGGCCUCAACACAGUCAAGUCUUCUAUCGCAUCAAGUCUAUCUGACGGACAGGAUAGAUAACCGGAAGCGGGACCGGCUGCCGCACAUGAAAUGUGUGUGUUUCCUGCGCAAUAGCGAAGAGAGCCUCGAGGCUCUUGAGAGCGAACUAAGGGAGCCGAAGUACGGAGAGUACUACCUGUACUUCAGCAACGUUUUGAGCAAGACAGCUAUCGAACGGCUAGCGGAGGUCGACGAAUAUGAAGUGGUGAGAGAAGUCCAAGAAUAUUUUGCAGAUUAUGCACCGCUACUUCCGUCGCUAUUCUCCUUGAACCACGUCCCGACCGUCCAGAGACCACUGUACGGGUCGACACCGAAUUUGUGGGACUCGAAGGCAUUGGAUCGCGCGGUCGAUGGUAUCACUGCUGUAUUGCUCAGUCUCAAAAAGAAACCCGUUAUACGGUACGAGAAGAUGAGCGGGAUGGCUCGUAAGUUAGGUAUCGAGAUACAGCAUCGUAUCCAAUCGGAGUCGUCCUUGUUUGACUUCAGAUUGACACAAGUCCCGCCGCUGUUACUGAUACUUGACCGAAGAAACGAUCCUGUCACUCCGCUGCUAUGUCAAUGGACAUACCAGGCAAUGGUGCACGAAUUGCUCGGGAUUCAGAAUGGCCGUGUUGAUCUGCGCAUGGUGCCCGGUAUAGCACCGGAACUCAGUGAAGUCACUUUGACCACGUCGACCGACCCGUUCUUCCAAGAGCACCACCUCGCCACGUUUGGAGACCUCGGUGAACAUCUCAAGAAUUAUGUGCAGUCGUACCAGAGCAAGUCACUGGCGCAUGCACCAUCUUCUAUCAAUUCCAUAGCCGACAUGAAACGCUUUGUGGAGGAAUAUCCUGAGUUCAAGAAGCUUGGUGGUAACGUCAGUAAACAUGUCGCCCUCGUCGGUGAGCUCAGUCGGCUCGUGGAGAGGGACAAGCUAUUGGACGUAGGGGAGGUCGAACAGGGCCUCGCCACUGGUUCUGGAGCCGACUUACGAAGUGUACAAGCUCUCCUUACCAACCCUGCUGUGACGCCGUGGAAUAAACUGCGCCUUGUUAUCUUGUACGCCUUGCGAUACCAGAAGAGUCAAGCCAACAACAUCGCUUCCCUAAUCAACCUUAUGCUUGAAAAUGGAGUAAGCCGGGAAGACGCAAGACUUGUGUAUGUUUUCUUGAAUAUUGCCGGCUCGGAUCAAAGACAAGAUGAGCUAUUCUCCAUGGAGUCACUCCUUGCCAAAGGUCGUUCGGCUUUGAAAGGACUCAAGGGCAUCGAAAACGUCUACAUGCAGCACACGCCGCGGAUGUCACAAACGUUGGAGAAUCUCUUCAAGGGCCGGUUGAAGGAGACGAGCUAUCCGUUCAUCGAAGGUGCAGGCCCUAAUGCAGGCUUGCAAAGACCACAGGAUGUCAUCGUGUUCAUGAUCGGAGGCACAACUUAUGAAGAGGCGAGAACGGUUGCUCUCCUGAACCAGGAGCUGGCUGCUGGCGGGGGUCAGACAGGACUCACGUCCGCUGCUGGGACUAGACUUCUCUUAGGAGGGACAUGCGUACACAAUUCCUCGAGCUACAUCGAAAUGAUUAGGGCUGCUGCUAACUCCUUCCCUUCCUCGGUCUACGAGCCGCCGCCAGAGUCUGGGUCGAAUAUGCCUGCACUGAACAUCAGUCUAGGGAGCGUGAAUGUCAGCCUUGGCGGAACUACACCUGGUGUCUUCAGGACCAGCGGCGAGAACGUUGGUGUCCAGGCAGACGGGAUCCGAGACGGCGUAAAGAAUUUAUUUGGGAAGAUAAUUCAUGGUGCUACAGCUGGUCUAAUGCAUCAUCGUCGAGAGUUUGCGUCCGCAUUGCAAUCUGGAGACUCGGCGUCAAUUAGCACAGGGACGCGUGAUGGAGACACGUCGACGCCGAUCGCGUGGCCAUCAUGGCCCGCACCGAGUGCCUCGGUCUCCGUAACCCACACUGCUAUUUCAGUUCUCGUGUCCCUGCGGACUGCUCGUCUCUCUUUCCUUCCUCUUACUUAUUAUUGUCUGGUUUCCAUUCGUGCUCCUGGCACCGCAGCGACGAUGCCAGCCAAGGGGCUUUUCGGCGGGCUCAAGGGCAUUGAUGCCUUUGGGAAGACUACGGAAGAUGUAAAGGUCAAGACGCGCACUGGUGCUUUCUUAACUCUUCUUUCGGCUGCUAUUAUACUGGCUUUCUGCAUGAUGGAGUUCAUUGAUUACCGACGUGUAUACGUUGACACCUCCAUUGUGGUGGAUCGAAGUCGGGGUGAGAAGCUUACGGUGAAUCUGAAUAUAACGUUCCCAAGGGUGCCAUGCUACCUACUCAGCAUAGACGUGAUGGACAUCUCCGGGGAGCAGCAACGCGACAUUUCCCAUGCGGUCGUCAAAACCCGUCUCGACCAGACGGGCCAGCGUGUCACCGGGAUCCAUUCGUCCGACCUGCGAAAUGAGGUGGAGAAGAUGCAGGAGCAGCGGACCGACGGAUACUGCGGUAGCUGCUACGGCGCGGACCCGCCAGAGGGCAUGGAGUGCUGUAAUACGUGUGAAAGCGUACGGCAGGCAUACGUGCAGCGGGGAUGGAGCUUCAGUAAUCCGGACGCGAUAGAACAGUGCGUCUCUGAGCGCUGGACGGAGAAACUGAAAGACCAAGCAUCAGAAGGCUGCAACGUCGCCGGACGUCUGCGCGUCAACAAGGUUGUGGGGAACAUUCAUAUGUCACCGGGCCGCUCAUUCGGAAGCCUGGGUGGCAACAACAUCUAUGACUUCGUGCCGUACCUGCGAAACGACGGGAACCAGCACGAUUUCAGUCAUUACAUACACGAGUUCAGGUUCUCUGGAGACGACGAGUAUGACAUGAACAAAGCCAGGAUAUCGCAGGAGAUGCGUGCGAAGAUGGGGAUGCUGGACCAGCCACUGAAUGGGAGGACUGCGAACACGAAUAAGCACCAAUUCAUGUUUCAAUACUUCCUGAAAAUCGUGAAGACACGGUUUGUGGACCUGCAAGGCAGGACUGUCAACACCCACCAAUACAGCGCGACGCACUUUGAACGUGAUCUAUCACAAGGUCAGCGAGGGAGCACCGGAGAGGGCUUGCACAUACAGCAUGGAACCACCGGGUUACCGGGCGCGUUCUUCAACUUCGAAAUCUCGCCAAUUCUAGUGGUGCAUACUGAGACGCGGCAGUCAUUCGCGCAUUUCCUCACAUCGUCGUGCGCCAUCGUGGGAGGUGUUCUCACCGUCGCGUCUAUAGUGGACAGUAUGCUGUUCACGGCGAGUCGACGGUUGAAGAAGUCGGGAGCUGGGAGCUCGCCGAGCGUGAACGGGAAUGGGGUGUACGGACAUGGGAAGCUCAUGUAA